UGCUCUGUGAAACUGCUAGGAUACAGUAUCUUUUAAAACUUAUUCAGACAAAUUUUUAAACUUCAUCAAGUUAACAGAGGAAGAAUAUUGUGACAGUUGAAUUUGGAAGUAAAUAUGAUUAAAGGUGUCUGACUCAUUUAGAUUCUAACAGUGUCCAGAGUGUGAUGAGAGUUCCUUAUGAUGACACCUCAUCCUGCAAGUUAGCUGCACGACUUAUGUAAGAAUACACUUUUUCUGAAAAGUUAUGGUGUGUAGAUGCAGGAUAAAUUUCCACAAAGAAGCCUGAGUUUAUUCUGCCAUUUGCUGCUUAAAAACCUUGAAGAUCAGUCUGAAUAAUGGAACAAGUUCAGAAUGACUUUCUCUCUCAGCCUGAGUUUCUCUCAUUUGAGAGAAGAUUAAUGGAAGUGGUGCACGAACUCAACAUGAAGAGGAGAUUGCUGGACGAGGGCCGUGCGAAUCUAGAAGGAGCACUACGGAGGCAACAUGAGCUUGAAUGCAUGCUGGAUGUGGAGCGCCGCGAUUCUCAAGCAAUGCGCAUGCAACUGAAGGUAGCUGUGGAGGCAGUGCAGAAAUACGGAGAGGAGCGAGCUGCAACUUCUCCUGAGUUCUCCCGCUUACGAAUUGAAUUGGAGGCGGCCGUCCGUGAACGAGACUACCUCAAGGACCAGAUACAUACUAGUCAGUUGGAGAAUCUGACAUUGAAUCGACAAGUUGAAGAACUGCAGGGGCAGCUGCGAUGUCAGCAAAUGUUCCAGGAGAACACUAUCAGCCUGGAGGCUAAGAUAAGGACAGCUGUGGAGGAGGUGAAGAGUGAAAUGCAGAAACUGGAUCAGGACCACAAACGGCUCGAGAGAACAUGUGAAGUGGCCGAGAAGAUGGGCGUCAGUUUGCAGGAGGCUCAUGAUCACUUCCUCAGUAAGCUGAAAAGGACUGCAGAACAAGAGAAGAAACACGAAUCUGAGGCUGUUACACUCAGAGCUGAAGUAGAGAGACUGAAAAUGGAAAAGAGCGCUGCACCAGUGAACGUCUGCAAGGACAGGGAUAAUUAUUCAGAGACCUCCCGUUACCUUCAGGAGAUCAAAGAAUUUGUUGUUGCUGAAUCCAAGGGCAGCAGCCAACUUCAUGAAGCUUUGCAGAAAGGUAUUCAAGCACAAGCUGCCUUCCAUAAACUGGAGCAGAACCUAAGAGAGAAGCUGCAAAAGGAAAUGGAACAGGUUUCUGAGCUUCAGUCAUCAAACAGCGCUCUAAAUAACAGCCUUUCUGAAGCUUGUGCAACUGUCAGAUCACUGGAGCAACAAGUUCAAGAACUGCUUGCCAAGCAUGCAUCUGAAGAUCAAAGUGUACAGACAGACACACUGAAGUUUGUCUUUGAGGAGCAAGGUACACAAACAGAUGCAGAUAUGAUCUCUGCAGAUGAGCAUGGGAGUAUUAUAAUGAAGAAAGAGUCUCUUCUGCCAGAAAGCGAUGCUCAGAAAUGCAGAAAUAAUGAACAAGCACGUGAAAUUUAACUAUGGGUGACAAAUAAUUAAAUGUUUAUUCCUCUCGUUUAGUGACUCAGCAGAGCAAGCAGUGUAUGAAUCAGAUUUUGAUGGCAGGUUCUUCUUAGCUUUUGUAAAUAUAGGUAGUGCUGAGACCGUACUUUGGACCACUAACAACUUGCUCUUCCCAACAGAUUCAUACACCUUUUAAUGCUCUAUUUGUCUUCAUACUCCUCAGAAUUUUGAAAUAAUUUAACUAACAUUCUGGUUACAGAACCUGUAUUAUAGUUAUAUGUGUCGCUUGUUGUAACUUCCUUGUUUUUGUUAUUAUAACAGUACUGGAUGACAACAAAGUUCCUGGUUUUGUAGUGUCUUUCCACUUCAUCCUUGUUGAAUCCAAAUGUUGUCCCAAGCACUUUGUUUUUGAACACUAAUAAUUAAGUGUAUUGUAAUCAUCAAAGCUAACAAAGUCCAUAGUGUACCUUAAAUAGGUAUGUCUACUGUAGAUGUAUUUAUGAAUCUAUUUUAGUAUAUGGUGGUCUGUCUCUUAGAAACGCACCUCAUGAAAGAUAUGUUUGUAAUAUGUAAUACUUAUCUCAUAGGAGCUAGAAAUUUCCCUGGUAGUAUUCCUGGUUUUAACCUCUGUUUUAAUGAAUUAUUUCUAAGAGCGUACUUAAAUCUUCAUAUAAAGUGGAAAUUCAUUUUGCCAGUUUUGUUGAUGCAUCUUAAUAAUAACAAAGCAUCGAAUAUUCAUAAAACAUUUUUCGUUUUGAAUGAUGCUAUUGUUUGCAUAAAACCAGAUUUAUGAACUUUAUAGUGUUGUCUAGAACUUCAGGAAUUCUGAAAUAUGUCAUAAUAUCUUCAGAUCCAAGAUUUGUUUUUUUCGCCUCUUAAGAGCUGUCCUGGAAAUUCCUUCUUCUCAUUAGUUGGGCGACAUAAUUUGCUGCAUAAACAGUAAUUUUGGUCUUCAUAUAAUAAGAACUGCAAUAGAAAAAAAUUGUCUGGAAGGUGUAAAUCUUACCUUCUGUUCUAAUUAAUAUUUGCAAUACAAAAUAUAAUGAAACUCCAUUUAUGUACACUGUGAAGGAUACAGUCAGAUAAAUGUGAUAUUCCUGUAUUCUGAGCCAUGUUUUGUAAAAACACAAACCCUGAUGCCUCUGUCUUAGCCUAAUAAAGAAAGAAUAAUUAAAAGUCAGUAGUUCUUUUCUAACAUUAAAAUAAUCAGAGAGGAGAAUAUGAAUAACUGAAAUGUAAAAAGAGCUGUGAUUCUGAGUUCAUUGACCCAAAAUAAUGUAUUCACAGUUGCACGCUACUCCUUCCAUUCAUAGCCAGUGUCUUUCAUCACUCGAUCAUUUUCGAGUGGCAAUAUCUCAUUUAUUUUUAUAUUCACUGUUCUCUCAUUUUCAAUAUACAGACUUUCGAGUAGAAACUCGUUUCUACAUUGUGCACAGUCAUGCAUUCUUAUUUUGUUGUCACUUUUAUACAGGAAUUUAAUCCCUGCAUUUUAUAACUUGUUCCAUGUCCAUCUUUCUGAACAGUACAAGAAGGAAACAUGUUGUAUAGUACAUAAAACGUUUAUAACAUAGUUAAAAUUCUUGGUUUAUCUGAUCGUAUUCUUUGUAUUUUCAUGAACAAAACGUAGAUAACAUAUCCAUGGUUGAUCAUUCAUUUUAUAUCUUUUCCUAUUAAUCAUACACAGUCAUACAUUAUUCAGUAUACUGUUAAUGUAUCUAUGAGUACUGAAAGACUGAGAAUAAGUUAGAAAUAGUAGCAGGUAUGGUAUUUGUUGAAAGGUUUAAUGUAACAGUGGGUUCUUGUUGCUGUAAUUCUGGGUACUUUCCUUUAUGACAUCUUGUGGUACUGUAUGGAAAAACAUCGACUGUUAUUAUAUUAAACUUUUACGUGAUUGGUGAAUAGGCAAGGAUUUGGAAAGAGACAGUUGUGUCCUAUAUGGGGAAGCUACCAUAGAAUUUUCUUGAAGAAAGAAAAAUACAAAUAACCUCCAGUAGUCUUGCCGAUUCUGAAUUGGGUAUCUUCUGCUUACUAAAGCGUUACCAUCACACCAACCUACUUUAUAUCUUAUUUAAACCAGUGAUAUUUAAUUACUGCAAAGCUAUCACUCCCAUUUGUGAAAAAGGAGUUCGUUUGUUGUUUUUAUAUUAACAUGAGUGACAUAUGAUUAAUGUACAGCUGUCAAUUCCAUGUAUGAUAAUUGAGUUCAUCUUCUUAUGCGUUCAUUUAAACCAUUGACAUUACUCCUAUAUUACGUACAGCUGUUAUGCAGUGUGUAACAAAGAAAUUCAUUUUCGUGCUUUUAUUUAAAUCAGUGAUAUUUGGUAGAUGUUAAGGUAUCACUCUAAUGUAUGAUCAGGAGUUUCUUUUGUUAUGUUUUAUGUAAACUGGUUACAUUUGAUUAUGUAAAGCCAUCACUGCCAUGUGUGAUAAAGGAGUUCAUUUCUUUUGCAUUUUUAUUUAAUCCAUUGUCAUCUGAUCAUGUCCUUGUAAAGUUAUAAUUCCGAUGUAUAAUGAAAGAGUUCAUUCCUUGUGCUUAUUUUAUUUUAUUUUACUGCAUUUGUAUUUA